AUGCCUAAAGUUGGAGGAAGAAGGAAAAAAACAAGAACACAUAAAGAAGCCACAGAGGAGGAUCUUGAUUUGAUUGGAUAGACACCAAAAGCUUUCAUAUUAAAAAGAGGAAAAGUGUCUUCAACUAUUCGCCAAUUGAUUGAUGAUUACAGAGAUGUUAUGUAUCCCUUCACAACCAUGAAUUUAUAAGAAUCAGAUAAAACUAAAAUGAAAGAUUACAUAUAGGCAGCUGGCUAUUUUUUAAUAUCACAUAUGAUUAUUAUGACAUAAACCAAUAAGAAUUCAUACAUAAGAUUCAUUUAGAACCCUAGAGGACCAACCUUUACAUUCCGUAUUCUGAAAUACGCAAAUAGAAAUGAAGUUCUUAACGCUCAAAGAAAGUUCAAAUCCUUUUCUAGGGUUUUCUCACCUCCAUUACUUGUUAUGAAUGGAUUCCAAACUGACUUUUAGAGUGAUGAUCCCAAGAAACCCACUAGUGAUCACAUUAAACUUGUUGGUAAUAUGAUUUAAUCGAUGUUUCCUGCUAUCAAUGUUUAAAAUACAAAUCCUAAAACAUAGAAGAGAGUCAUAUUGUUCUCAUAUAAAAAUGAUAAGAUAUACAUAAGACAUUAUUACAUUAGUUUCAAUUUAAAAGGAAUUGAUAAAAAAAUGAAGAAAAUCAUCAAAGCAAAUAAAUUACCAAAUUUAUCAAAAUACAAUAGUUUUUCUGAUUUUUUGUAGAACAAUCAUCAAAUGUUUGCUUCUGAUACAGAAUAAUCUGAUUUAGAAGAGUUGGAAUUUGAGAAUAAAUAACAUAAAAAAUAAUAAAUGAGUAUCAGAUUACAUGAAGUCGGACCUAGGUUGGAAUUAAAGUUGUAUAAAAUAGAAGAAGGAUUUAUGCAAGGAAAUGUUGUUUUUAAUAGAGUUGUAUCAAAAACAAAUAAAGCUAUCGAGAAAUUAAGAAAAAUUAAAAGAAGAAAAAUGUUAUUAAAGUAUAAGAGGAGGGAAGAAUAAGAGUAAAACUUGUAGAAAAAAACAAAAAAAUAAGAUAUUGAAGAAUUUGAUAAUGUAAAUAAGAAGGUUAAAUAACAAUGA